UUUGAUAAGAACAAUACAAAAAAAAAGAAAGAAAAAAAGAAUAGAAUUUGUUAUAACAUCAAUUAACCUGAAGUAUUGAUCAUCCUCAUGAAGCCGACACGUGUCGGAUCUUAGCAUCAAUCAUGCGAGCUCAACCCAGCCAGAGGCAACUUGGGUCACCUAGGCACUCACUCAACCUUCCAGAGCCAGGACGAGUCGAGGCCAGCUCUCAUUCGACCCAUCAUUCGAAUCGACCACCCUCAUUCACUCGGCUGUACUGGCAACUUGUGAGGCUGACUAGUAAGGCGGUACUUAUCGUCCCUCUCGCAAGCCGAAUCAAGAGGCGAUUUGACCUCGAAAGCUAUGCUAAUAGCUAUCCAUUAUUUUCAUCAUGAAUGCGACUCAGUCCAGGAUGACUCACCAUACCCCCUCAAUCAACUAUCCAGGACGCUAAUAGCUAUGAAUCCUGCUAUUUGGCUCGCGGUUGGACCGCGAGCCAAACCUCUUUUUCCAAUAGCUAUCCAGGAUGACUCAGUCCAGGAUGACUCAUCGCCUAAGGCUUUAAUAAAAAGAAAUGGACAAAGAGACAUGGACCUGGUUGGCUUUAAUAAAAAACAAUUGACGCUUGACUUUGAUAAAAUAAGUGGAUGCUUGGCUGUAACCCUUUAUCUUGGUCUCAACAAGUCGAUAAUCACCAUCUCAAUAGAACCUGCAAAAAAGAAAAACGAAGAGGGAGUAGAAAAAAAAAAUCAAAUAUGGUGGUUGUCGGAGAUGUGAUUGCAAGCAAAAUCAUUCAGAAGCUGGUGGAGGUUGGGUUUGACUACGCAGCAGACCAGUUUUUUUCUCGGCGAAGACGAAUGAACGACGAGCUUCAAAGUCUCGAGGCUGCUCUUCCUCGUAUCCAAGCUGUCGUAAACGCAGCGGAGAGCGGGCAAGGAGAAAUAACCGGAGACCUCGACAAAUGGCUAUGGCAACUUAAGGGUGCUAUCUACAUGGCCAGUGACGUACUCGACGAUCUCGAUUAUACUGACAUACAGAAGCGAACAGAGGCGGAUGCUGCAGGAAGAGGGCCUCGUGGCAGCAAGGUGAGUCGUUUUGUUUCCGAUUCUAAACGAAGAGUUUCCAAGUUUAGUAAAAGAGCCUUUAAAUCCGACCCCACCCUCGAGAAGCUAAGGGGGGCUGUCAAGAGGCUAAGUGAAGUGGCGGCAGGCGUUGAAGUUUUUAACCGUUUAGUAACAGAGCGUAACCAACAACAGCAGCAGCAACAACAGCAGCAAGAACAACUUCGUGAAACUGGACCUAUUGUAAGGGAGAGAGAUGUGCUGGGAAGGGAUGGGGAUAGGAAGGAAGUGUUACAGUGGUUGACGUGGGCGCCCAUCGCUAAUGAGGAUCACGAGGGCAUCUCUCUUUUCUCCAUUGAGGGCCUCGGAGGAGUCGGAAAGACAACCCUUGCACAAGUCGUCUACGGGGAUGACACCUUACAGAGUUCCUUUGGCAUCAAAAUUUGGGUGUGUGUCUCCACUCGCUUUGAUGUUAAAAAGAUUACGGGAGACAUCCUAGAAUGCGCUGCACAAAGGAGACCGGACGUUGGAGGACUUGGCCCACUACAGGAAGCUCUCGAGGCCUUGGUGUCAUCUAAGAAAUUUCUCCUCGUCUUGGAUGACGUUUGGAAUGGCGACGAUCUCUCUAGUUGGCAGACGUUGUUUGCUCCGUUGAGGUGUGGACUUAAAGGAAGUAAAAUCAUUUUAACUACCAGAUCGGAGAAGGUCGCCGAAAUGGCUACACUAGCUUUGGGAAGGACGGCAAACGAGUCGAUGAAGUUAAAACCCUUGGAUGGUAAUGACUUCUUAUCACUUUUCAACCGAUACGCAUUUGCUGGAACAAAUCCCCAUAAUCAUGGGAAGCUGCAAUCAAUUGGCGAGCAAAUAGCUGGAAGGCUUGGAGGCUUGCCGCUGGCUGCCAAGACGAUUGGAGCGUUAUUGCGUUCUAACUUGGAUGACAGUCACUGGACGAAUAUUCUGCGAUCUAGUCGUAUAUCAGAUUACGGACCACAGAGAGAUUGUGUGAUGCCGGCUCUGAUGUUGAGCUACUAUUAUUUACCGAAGCACCUAAGACCUUGUUUUGCAUUUCUCAGCACCUUUCCUCAAGAUCACCGUUUUUUCAAAGAUGAUCUAGUUUUAAUGUGGAUGGCGCUCGGCUUCAUCCAACAAUCUCCUCAGAAUCCAGCACAAGCACCAGAGGAUAUUGGAAGCCUCUACUUUGAUGAGUUAGCCAAACUGUCAUUCCUUGAACCAUUUCGUCAGCAAAUCAAAAAUCCCUUAACUCAAAGAUUGGAAGAAGUUUACAUCAUGCAUGAUCUUUUGCAUGAUCUGUCAAGCAAAGUAUCUCAUGGUGAAUGCUUUACAUUUGUUGGAGAUAUGUCAAUCAACGAGAUCCCAAACACAGUACGUCAUUUGUACUUUGAAACCGGUGAUCUUGAUCUUCUCAAAGAUAUGGACAAAUGGAAGAACUUGCACACCCUGAUUCUAAAAUUCAAUGGAUACAAUAAUGAGCAUGCCGCGGCUUUCCGACAAAUGUUUGAAUCACUAGAAAGCAUUCGAGUGUUGCGCAUCACUAUUAAAGAAAUGGAAGUGUUGCCGUGUGAAAUAGGUAACUUGAGGCAUCUCAGAUAUUUGUCAGUUCGUCAUCGUUCUACUCGGUUGCCUAGUUCAAUCUGCAAGCUUUACCACCUGCGGGUACUUGAUUGUGGCAAUAUUGAAACUUCUCCAGUUUUGGUCUUGAAUAACCUUAUUAACUUGAGACAUCUGCUGCCAAAUCAAUUCCCUGAUGCAGCAGAGGAGUAUGAAAAGGUGCUCGAUUGCCUCCAUCCGCCUGAUAGCCUCAAGGAACUCCGAAUUACACGGUACCGAGGUGCAAGGUCUCCAUAUUGGAUGGAAAAAGGUUUGUUAAAAAAUCUAGAGCGCGUUGUUCUUUACCAGAACACGGCAUGGAAGCACCUUCCUUCUCUCGGGAAGCUUCCCUAUCUCAAUGAAUUGAGAUUGGAUUCACUAACAGGACUUGAGCAAAUUGGCUUUGAAGGUGGAUUUCAGCAACUGAAGAUUUUAGAAAUCGAAGAUUGUGAUCAAUUGGAAGAGUGGUCCGGAUUUGGAGCAGAGACGGCACCUUGCUGGCCUCUCCUUGAAAAACUCGAAAUCUCGGGGUGUCCCAAACUGAAGGCACUGCCUCCUCUGCCCCUAAGUCUACAGAGCUUGACGUUACUGGAUGUGGGAUUGUCCGAUUCUCCAACAUUCUUCCCGGCUACUCCAUCCUCGUCCUCCUCCUCUCCUUCCCUCACCCACAUGGAGAUUGCAAGAUGUGGAAAUUUAACAUCAGUGGCCGGCUUGCUGCGGCAUCGCCUCACCGCCCUCAGGACGUUGGAGAUUAGGCGUUGCGAAGCUCUUGCGGAUCAGCACGCAGAGGAAGGCUUUCAGCAUCUGCACUCCAUCGAAAGCCUAGCGAUUGAAUAUUGCCCAAAGCUGAAGAUGGCUACCGACGCGGUCGCCCUUACUUCUCUUUCUGAACUUAGACUGUCAGGUUGGAACCACAUAACAUCCUUUCCCUCCAAAGAGGCGUGCAGAAGAUUAACGUCACUAAAAGAGCUGACAUUGGGAGACAUGGGAGGGCUGAUGUCAGUUGAGGGUCUAAAGGCUCUUUCCCACCUUGCUUGGCUACGGAUUGAGAAGUGUCCCAAGCUCGUGCAAGCAGCAACAGCGUCAAUUAAGGGGAAGGAGGAGGAGGAGGAGGAGUUCGUCCCUGCGAUGGCCCCUUGCUGCCAUUGAUGACCCCUUGCUGCUCCACGUUGAACCAUUGAGAAAACUCACGUCUGUCACACGUCUAUGGAUUGACUGUGGGAAUCUGGAGAGCGAGGGAGACAUCAACCCGUGGUUGUUGCGCAACGGAACUUCGCUCUUAUUCAUCCAACUGGGAAAGUACAGUACUGCAAAGUCGCUGCCUCGUAGCCUCCAAGCCCUCUCUUCCCUGGACUCUUUAGAAAUCACUGAAGCUUAUCAGCUCCAAUCGCUGCCGCGGAUGC